AUGGAGAAAUAUGACAAAGUUAAGUUAGUGUGUAAAAUUGAAAUGGGAGAUGUAUUUCUAGUAGAAGAGAAAACUUCAAAGCAUAAAUAUAUCAUGAAGAGGAUUUUUAUUGAUGAAAGGGAAUAGUAAACCUAUCACCCAGAAAAUGAAGCUAAAUUACUUGAAUAGCUUGACCAUCCAAAUAUUAUAAAAAUGCAGGAACAUUUUUAUCAUAAAAAAUAUUUUUGCUUAAUUAUGGAGUUUGCAGAAAAAGGCGAUUUAAAUAAAUUGAUCUUAAACCUCAAACAAAAAGAAGAAUAUUUAAAUGAAAAGCAGGUAUUAGACCUAUUCUGUUAGCUCUGCCUAGCUGUUAAGUAUCUUCAUGACAGAAAAUACAUUCAUAGGGAUAUAAAAAUACAUAACAUAUUCCUCUCUAAUGAGAAUAUUGUGAAAUUAGGAGAUUUUGGGAUAUCAAUUUAGCUAGAUAAAAGCGAGAUAUAUGCUAAGACAUAGCUAGGAACUCCAUAUUAUUUAUCUCCUGAAGUAGUCUAAGGAAAGAACUAUGAUUAAAAAGUUGACAUUUGGAUGAUUGGUUGUUUUUUAUAUGAAAUUUGUGAAUUAUCAAGACCAUUUUAAGGUGCUACUUGGUCUGAAGUUGAUUACAAAAUAUAAAAUAUUGAACCAGAGCCUAUAGAUGAAUCAUAUAGCUAAUUUUUAUAAAAUCUAGUUAAAAAGCUUCUUUAAAAAGAUCCUCAAUAACGGCCAAGUAUAAAUGACAUUAUAGAAAUGCCAGAAAUUAUACAAAAUCUUAAAUAAAUGUCUAAGGACGAAGUUUAUUCUUAAUAUUUGAUAUUCCCUGAAUUUAUUUAUCAGGAUGAAGAAGAAGAAGAAAAUGAACAUGAAAAAACAGUGAUUAAAGACAAUGAAAACUAUUGUAAGGCAGAAAAAAAUAUAGAAAGUAUUUUAAAAAACGUAGAAGAGGAGCAACUUGCAAAAUAUUCUUUAUCUUAUUUGUUGAAGAAAGCUGCUUAAAGUGUAUAAAAAGAAGAGAUGCUCUUAAAAAAAUAAAAAUAAGAUAAAUUAGAACAAAAAAAAUAAUUUUCUAUAAAUGGAGAUUAAAGCGAAUAACUGGAAAAUAGUAAAAUCAAUUAAGAAAUUCUUUAUACAUAAAAUUUAAAUAAUACAAAAGACUCUCAAUAAGUGAAGAAAAAUAAAUUUUAGUAAAAAUUUUAUGAGAAAAAAAAGCAGGAAUUAAAUAUUUGCACGAUUAAUGGCUAAGAAGAUGAAUAAUCCAAUAUUAUUACUCAAUCUUAAUAGUCUAAAAAUAUCUAAAAAAAUGCUUCAGCCCCAACCACAACAAAACCAAAUCAAAAGCAUUUAGCAAAUGUUUCAUAAAUACCAAAAGAGUCAUAUGUAAAUUAUGAACCAGUUGGAAUAGAUUUACCAUGUAAUGAUGAUUCAAGCACUAAAAUAACUUCAUAUAAUUAAAAAGAAACUUAAAAUCUAACACCAGAAUAGAAUAUUAAAUAAAUUUCACAAAUUUCUUAAACAACACAAAACACAAUAGAUUCUACUCCUAAUAGAUUAAAAGUUAAUGAAUUAAAAGAUUAAAACUAAGAUAAAAGUACCUAAUUUUUGUAAGAAAAAGUUAUGUAAAACAACUCUAAUUUGUCAUAAUUAACUUCAGCUUCGAAUAAUUAAAAGCCUACUGCAAACUAAGAGAUAUAAAGCCUUAAUUAAUAAAUUAUAAAUACCAAUCUAGUAGAACAUAAUAAUUCUAAUGAUUAAAAAGUGCCCUGUAAUGGAUAACCAACCACUAAAUAAAAUUAGCAAAGCUUUAGCUUUUCAGCUAAUUAGUAUGCAAAUCUACUUAAAACUCCUCAACUUCCUAACACAAUACUUUUUACUUAGUUUUUAAAGGAAAAAUUAGGAAAAGAGAAGUUUACUAAAAUGAAAUAUUUGCUUGAAGGUAGUUAAAAUCCUCUUAAACUUCUUGAUGAAAAUACUGAGCUAAUUACUGAAAUAAUUGGACCAGAAAAUAUUGAUUGCAUUAAUUAUUUUAGAUGCUUAAUCACCAGUAGCGUUACACCACCUGGUAGUCACUUCAGAGCCCGCUCAACUGCCAAUUCUCCUUGCUAAACCUUAAAUAAAAAUUUAUUACCAUAACCUUAGCAUUCAAAUUAGGGAGUUUAAGCAUUUUAAAUUCAUCUCAAAAGCGCUAAUUAAAAUGAACAACAAUAACAAAUGAUUUAACUUUAGAAAUAAGGAUCUUUGCAAUAACAAUAGCAUCAAAUUCCUACAAUUAGCAAUAAUUCAUCAUAUGUUUAAGGUUUCCAUCAAUAUAAUAACAACAAUAUACAAAAUAAUAACCACCAUAUUUAUAGAAACUAAAGUGUUUACUCUUAACAUUCCUAAUAAGGCUAAAUGUCUGUUGGAAGUUCUCCUUAAUAUUUUAACAAUAGUAGCAAUAGAAUAUUUGAAAAUAAUUUUAAUUUAUUUUAAAGUUGUAAUAACGAUAAAAAUUCUUUUUAAUCAGAAUGGUCAUACAUUUUGAGCUAACCAGGAAAUCUAAAUUGUCAAAACACUCAUUUAAUAAAUUAAGGAAAUGUUACCAGUAGCCUAUCUAAUAGAAAUGCAUAGUUUAGUAAUAGCCAGCCUUAGCAACAAAGCAGCUUUUAAAUAUAUAAUUAAUAACAGUAGUAAUUUAUUUAAAAUAAAAUACCUUUAAACUCAUAUCAACUAAAGCAAUUUCCAGCAAAUCAUAAAAUCGCAAGCACGACUCAAAAUUAAAAUUAAAAACAAAUGUUUCACUCAUCUCAUUUUUAUCAGUAAUGA